AUGAAAAUACGUCGUCGUAUCGUUGAUUCUCGUUCACUUGUAUCAGACAAUGAAAGUCUUGAUACAUUUGCUUCACCAUUACCUAUUUCACCAUCAACAACAGCAAUAACAACUGCUGAUUUGUUAACAACAACUGAUGAUACAUUAGCAAAUGCAACAUUAAAGUCGAAUGUUUGGGAAUGCUUUGAAAGGAUUAUUGAUACUUUACCUUUAAAAGCAAAUUGUUUAUUAUGUAAAGAGGAGGGUGUGGGUGUCAAUGACAAUAGGAUGAUAUCAAAAUCACACUCACACCCACACCCACCCACAUCCAAAUCCUCAACACGUUGGUUCAACUGAAACAUCACGUCCAUCCGUAUCUAGUCGCAAUUUGUCAAAAAAAGAAAAAGAAAAACUGGAUUCUCUAGCUGUUGACGCUAUUAUUCAAGAUUUAAGAGGAUUCAGUAAUUUCCAAAAACCCGGUUUCAAAAAGGGUGUGGGAUGUGGGUGGGUGGGGUGUGUUUGUGGGUGUUGGUGGGUGUGGAUGUGAUUCUGAUAUCAUUCUAUUGUCAUUGACACUCACACCCACACCCUAUAAACCUAAUUUAGCUCAGAUUUGAUCUUCUUUCAUCAUUAUAUUAAACCGAUUACACUAUUGCUUGCAUGCUGGCUUCCACUGAAGGAAAUAAACUAAAUAAUUUGAGAACGUUAUCUGAAGACUUAAUAUAAAGUUAGUUAAAAUAAAUCAUAUUGAAGUCUGUAUUAAUCUGAGUUUACUGGUGUCAUAUGAUUACUGUGGUGACUUUUAUUGAUCAUCCAUUUGCAAAUCCGUUGUUGUUCUGGAAAUAACAUGGUAUUGACUUAACUUUAUUAUCACGGCUGGCUCGUUGUUACUUAUCAGCACUAGCAACCAGCAUCAAAAGUGAAUCCUGUUUUUCCGUUUCUGCUCAUUACGGUAGAAAGGAGCGUUCACGCUUGACACCUGAUAAUUUAGCUAUGUCUGUUUUUCUCAAAGAUAAGAUAUAAAACUAAAACAGGAGAUACUUAAAACAACAAGUUUGAUCUCAACACGUAUUCGUGACAGUUUUUUUUUUCUUGUAAUACUUUCUGUUGAUUUUCUAUGAAAUAAGAAAACAAAAAAACAUCUUAAACUAAGGUAUUUGUGCUGACAAAGCGUAGUACCAGUAAUUCAAAUUGAAAAGUUGCUAACGUAAUCUCUCCAGGAUUGAAAUGUGAAACACAACGAACGGUUUCGUUAAAAAAUGAGAAAAAAUUACCAAAAUGUUUCAGUUAUACGAAUAUCUAUUGAUUAUUAACAAAUGAUGAUGAUGAAAGAUAUCAAUCACAAUAUGCUUCAAUGAAUGUGGAAGAAAAGUGAAUGAUAGGUCUUUAAAUUUCAAUUAGAUUUUAUAUUAAUUUAGCAAUAAACUUCAAUUCUAUAGAUAUGUGUGCAAAUGUGUAUAGAGAGAGAAAGAGCGCGGUAAUACUAAGGUAUCUGUCAAGGUUCCUGAAGCUGCAUAGGAAUAUCCAUCAGUGUGCGAGAGCUUUGGGACUCAAACUCAAGGGGGAAACGGCGGACUUGAAGUAGAAAAGUACGUCAAAGUAUCUCAAAGUAGACUACUUGAAGUAGCUCAAAGUACCAACCAAGUAGCCCAAAGUGGGAACAAGUAGCUUAAAGUAACUUCAAGUAACUAGAGGUAAAUUUGAAGUUGAAAAGUACUUCAAAGUAAGCUACUUCAAGUAGCUGAAAGUAACUUGAAAUAGCUUAAAGUAGCUCAAACUAACUUCAAGUCCAAAAGUCCGCCGUUUCCCCCGUGCUCAAACUUCUCACUCUAUACACUAAUUCUAUAUGAAAAUAAAUAAAGGAUUCUAAUAGAAACCCAAACCCAAACCGUAUGGGUUUGGUGAGUUUGGGUUUGGGUCAUGUCUAAUCGUAGCACCAUUAUUAUUCGUUUAGGAGUCAUUUUCCAACAAUGACGUCGAUAUGAAUGAUGCAGAGUUAAUUUAUGUUAAAUGAAAACUAGUGCUUGAUUUCGUGAUAAACAUACUACUCUUAAUGCUAGUCAGCAUUAAACAAGGAAUUAUAAUGAGUUUCAAAUUUCAAAACGAAAUGAAAUUUAUUUGACUUACAGUUAUAGAAUUUAGAUUUAUUUAGUCGCUUCAUAAUUGAUCUUGGAUAAAUUAAGAUCCAGCUUCUGCUAAUCACAUGAUGAUUUAGUUUAAGAAUACGUAGUAUAUCUAUUUGUAUCUUGAUAUUAAACAAAUGCUAAUUACAAUUCAACAGUACAAUAUAAGAAUAACUUAAGCAGUUUAAAAGUUCUUGUAUUGUCAUCAAUCAAACAGGAUUUUUGAACCCCUCAAAGAAAAUAUCAAUUGCCUGAUCGUAUUUUUGUGCUCUUGUUUUCUUCUACUUUUUGAUGAAGCGAAUGCGGUCCCAUAAUGUUUCUCAGAAACUUUUUCAGUCAUUUACUAAUGGUGAUAGAUGACAAAACGAAGACCAAAUCACCAGAAUGUUUUCGUUCAGCUACUCUUCCAUACUGUGCGUAAGUUGCUCUAUUCGAUUAAGUCUUUUUUUUCGUUGACUACUGUUUUUAUGCUUUAUAAUGCAUCGACAUAAUCAAAAUUCAUAAUAAAGAUGAUUCUAAAAUAAACAAGUAACUUUGUUUGCAUGUGCAUUUUUCAUGGUUUUUGGUAAGUCUAGUUUGAGAUUGAUUCUGCGCAGGCAGUCAAUGCCAGCAAAAAAGUAUGAACCUUGUAGCAAGCUAAUGAACAGGCUUCGUAGUCGUCCUAUAUUUCCUAUAAUUCCUAUAUCUUUAGAAAUUGUCCUAUAAUGUCCUAUUUUUCAGGAAUUUUCCUAUAUUUCCUAUAUAUUUGAAAAAAAGCCAAAAUUCUUUUAAAAUGAAAUAUAUUUCAAUCACAAAAAAAACACACAUGCUUCGGUAUAUAUUGCCAUAACUUCUAUAGUAAAACGAAUAGCAACUAGCGCUAAUGUAUACAUAUUUUAUUGUGUAUAGGUAUAUUCACUAUUAGGAUUGGUUUAGUGAUGAAACCAGGAUUUCUCGAUAUGCGGAAACUAUCAGAUCGGAACAUAAGUUCUGCACGUUUU